CUUCCGCUGAGCUGCGUGGAGUUCGGCACCACCCCGUUGGGGUUUUGGCAGCCGUCUAGAAGUCGCUCGGCAGCCAAUCAGCAGAAAGCAGGACCUAAUCACCCGUAUCCUCGGAGGCUGGAUAUCUUCCAUCAACCCCAUAUAGGCCAAUCCGUGCGAGGCAGGCGCCCCCAAAACCUUGUCAAUCGCCCCCGGCCUAUCAGUCUGUCUUGAACCAAUCAGCGUGAAGCACCGCAGGGCCGAGCUCUCCUCUUCAGAACCCAGGCGGCCAUCCGCGUUCCAUCAGUUCCCCUCGGGCCAAUCACAGCAUAGGUCUGUGGAGCAGUGCCCGCCCGCCCAACCCUGGAAGCCGCGCGGUCGAUCCACGGUACUUUGGCCAAUCAGCGAGCGGCAGGACGCUCGGCUCCUCCUUCACGGGCCCACGUGAGCGGUGAAGAAACGCAGGGGCGGCUUCUAGGUGCUGCCGCCGCCGCCACCGUCGUCGCCGCCGCCGCCUCGGACCCCGGGCCUGGGGGGCGGUGGGGCAGCGCAUGGAGCCCCCGCCCCCCGGAGCUGCCAACACCGCCGCUGCUCUACGCACAGAGCUCUUAUCGCCAUCUGAAGAAUUCUUGUUUAUCUUGCUUCUUGUGUCUUCCCCACUAAAACCCUCUCAGCUCUGAGCUGUCUGCCCUCCAGGUACCCCUGGGAUGGCGUGAGUACUUCCCCAGCGAUGGACCCUUCUGUGACGCUGUGGCAGUUUCUGCUGCAGCUGCUGAGAGAGCAAGGCAAUGGCCACAUCAUCUCCUGGACCUCUCGGGAUGGCGGUGAGUUCAAGCUGGUGGACGCUGAGGAGGUGGCCCGGCUGUGGGGGCUGCGCAAGAAUAAGACCAACAUGAAUUAUGAUAAGCUCAGCCGGGCCCUGCGGUACUAUUAUGACAAGAACAUCAUCCGCAAAGUGAGCGGCCAGAAGUUUGUCUACAAGUUUGUGUCCUACCCUGAGGUCGCAGGGUGCUCCACUGAGGACUGCCCACCUCAGCCUGAGGUGUCUGUCACCUCCACUCUGGCAAAUGCAGGUGCCACAGCUGUACACGCCAUCCCCGGGGACACUGCCUCUGGGAAGCCAGGCACACUCAAGGGUGCAGGAAUGGCAGGCCCAGGCAGCUUGGCGCGCAGCAGCCGAAACGAUUACAUGCGCUCAGGCCUCUAUUCCACCUUCACCAUCCAGUCCCUGCAGCCACAACCGCCCUCUCAUCCUCGGCCUUCCACAGUGCUCCCCAGCACCGGCCCUACAGGAGUAGCAGUGCCUCCCUCGGGGAGCAGGAGCACCAGUCCAAACCCCUUGGAGGCCUGCCUGGAGGCUGAGGAGGCUGGCCUGCCUCUGCAGGUCAUCCUGACCCCACCCGAGGCCCCAAACCUUAAAUCCGAAGAGCCAAAUAUGGAGCCUGGGUUGGGCCGGCCACUGCCCCCAGAAGUCAAAGUGGAAGAGCCCAAGGAAGAGUUAGAAGCUGCAGCCAGUGGGGAGGCGGGGUUUGUGCUGGAAGCCGUCAAGGCCGAGCCCUUUGAGCCCAAAGUCGACCCAGAAGUCCCUCCAGCAGAGGGCGUGCCAGCCCGGCUGUCCGCCGUCGUAAUGGAAACUGCGGCGCAGGUGGGCGGCCUCACGGCUUCCACAACACCCAGCACGGAGAUCGCCCAGCCUCAGAAGGGCCGGAAGCCCCGGGACCUGGAGCUUCCACUCAGCCCGAGCCUGCUGGGUGGACCAGGACCCGAACGGACUCCAGGAUCGGGAACUGGUUCGGGUCUACAGGCGCCAGGUCCAGCGCUGACGCCUUCCCUGCUACCUACGCACACAUUGACCCCGGUGCUGCUGACGCCCAGCUCGCUGCCCCCCAGCAUUCACUUCUGGAGCACCCUGAGUCCCAUUGCACCCCGUAGCCCGGCCAAGCUCUCCUUCCAGUUUCCAUCCAGUGGCAGCGCCCAGGUGCACAUCCCUUCCAUCAGCGUGGAUGGCCUCUCAACCCCCGUGGUGCUCUCCCCAGGGCCCCAGAAGCCAUGACUAUCACCACCACCACCACAACCACCACCACCCCUUUCUGGGGUUACUCCUUCCAUGCCCUGAACUUCUCUCCAGCCAGCUGUCUCAAGGAGAAACAUAGUUCAGCUGACAGACUCGUGCUCCAGUUGUGGUUGGGUAGGGAUUCUUAGGAGGAAGGAUCUCUCAAUAACCCUUCCACAAAAAAACAUACAACUUCUCUCUUCUUGAUCAGUCCCCCAGUGGCCGCUCUUAUACGUCUCCUACUGCAGUGGUGGGGACGGUUUAUUUAUUUAUUUUUUGAAGGCCACUGGGAGGAGCCUGGCCCAACUCUUUUGGAGGGGGUGGCAAGGGCAUCUCCCCCAUGUUCCACAUUUUUUCCCCAAGAUGAGACAAUCGGGGUCUGGCUUGAGACAGGCCUUUCUUUAUUUAUUUCUCAGCCUGCCCUUGGGGAGCUGAGGGAGCCCUGUCUUCACUUUGGGGUAUGGGUAGAAGAGCUAGCUUGUUGUAGUUUAUUAUUCCUGGCCCUCCCCAAGGGUCCAGGAAGAAUUUGUGCCAUUUAAUGGUUUGGGAGUCUUGGCCAAGGAAGACUCACACCCUUGGAGAUGGGAAUUUCCACCUCCCCAGCCUUUCUCUCAGACAGGUUGUCCUUUCUCAACCACCUUUUCGGCCAGGGAGGAAUGCCCCUUUUGUUCUCCCCCUGAGAAGCCAUUCCUGUGUCUGCCAAAUGCCUGGGGUCCUGCCUGUUACCUCCCAAUGGAGGGAUUUUUGGGGAGUGGUCCCCGUCUGGGGGGCCCCUCCAGCCAGUACUCCAGGUCUCCCUGUCCCCCACCCCCUGCCAUUUUGAUAGUAUAAUCUAUUUUUAAACAGGGCUUUUCAAUAAGGGAGAGGGAGGUAUCUCUUCCUAUAUCUGAGAUGGGGUGGGUGGGAAGGAAGGGAUUUGGGGGAUCUCCCUGCCACCCCCAAGUGUUUAUUUUUGAUACCAAAUGUGUAUUUUCAACUCCCUCCCAGCCCCCCAAUUUUCCUGCGGGCGGGUACAAAGGACCCUUUAUGUGUCCCUGGAGUUGGGAGGGAGGAAUGAGGGACAUAAAGCCUGCUCAGUCUGAAUUCCUGGAGAAGUGUGGGUUCAGAGGACUCCUGGGUUCACCUCCCAUCAGCACCGUCCCAGCCCGGGCCUAGGGACCUGGGUCUUGGUGAUUUGGGGGACGGUGCUACACCUGUCUCCACUGUUCAUCUUACUUCCCCCCCAAAUGGAUUUUUUUUCUAAGAGUCCCAGAGAAUGGGGAAUUGUUCCUGUAAAUAUAUAUUUUUAAAGGUGA